AUGGUUAAGUCUGUUGUCUGUUUACCAUUUCUUCCCUGCGUCUCCUUGGCCUCUCCUCUGCUUCUCACCUGCCUCUCCUCUCCCACUCCCUUUCCACUCCCCUGCCUCUCCUCUCUCCUGUCUCUCCUCUUUUCUCCUCUGCCUCCUCUCUUCACCUUUCCUGCCUCUUCUUUUCCUAUCCAUUGCCUCUCCCUGCCAUCCUCAGUCAGGGAGAAGCAAUCUUUAUACCAGCAGGAUGGUGGCACGAGGUUUUCACCUUUGGUCCCAUGA